GAUAGAAAUUCAAUCAGUGACGUCACGCGCUUCAGUUUUCGGGAUGCGGUGAAAAGUGAUCACAAAUACGGACUAAUCAAAGAAUAUUUUUCUAAUAUUUAUUCUAAAUUGUUAUAUAUUAUUGCAAAUUCGUGCAGAAACAUUUAAUCUUGUAAAAAUGGCUGCUAUCGAUAGAAGUGAUGAGGAGAUCGAUGAAGGAAUGGAAAUCGAAGAAGGGGGCGAAGAGUAUGAUGAUUCAACACAACAAGGUCAGAAUGGCGAGCACACGAGGGUGCCUCAGGAAGAACUGGAUGGUGAUGAAGAAACCGGAGAAAAGAAAGGAAAGAAAAGGAAGAAGAAAGAUGGAAGUGGGAAGAAGAAGAAAAAGAAAAAGAAGCAUCAUCAUGACGAUGAUCCUGGUCCAGAAACAUCAGAAGAUAUAGCUAGGAAGAAUGGGCUUGCAAAUAUUGAACUAGAAUACACGGAUGAGGACUUUGAGGCAUUGACUAACUACAAGUUGUUCAGAGAACACAUCCAGCCAUUGCUUGCUGAACAAAACCCAAAAGUUCCUCAGGCUAAGCUGGUCACACUAAUUGCUGCAAAAUGGCGGGAAUUUGCUGCUGCUGCAGGCCAAUACAAAAAGUCUAAGUUGGGUCUAGUAAGUCCCACAACAGAUGCUCCGCCUACUGACAAAUUAAUGGACACACCCACUUCCAGUGCUGCUAGAGAUUCUGAUGAAGACACUGCAGAAGAUUACUACACUGAAGAGAAAGCUUCUACGGGAAAGAAAAGACGCGGUCGAAAACCUAAGAACGUGGAACGAGAAGAAAUUGAGGAGGAGGAAGAACAAGUUGAAGAAGAAUACAUGGAAGAGAAGCCUACAAAACGUCGCCGAGCAACCAAAAAAUCAAAGAAAGCUCUCGAUGCUAUGGAUGAUGAAGAGUAUGACGAGGAAGAGUUUGUUGAAGAGAAACCGAAAAAGAAGCGUGGACCAAAGAAAAAGAAAGGAGCUGAUUAUGAUGAUGUUGUGGAAGAUGAAGACGAUGAGGAGUCAUUCCAGGAAGGUAGUAAAUCAUCUGGUAAGAAGAAACGUGGGAAGAAGUCUGUGGCUCCUUUAAAAAUUAAACUGUCGACCAAGAAAAAGAGGAGAAAGAAGGGUAGCUCUGAUGAAGGGGAAGGUAAUAACACAAGUGAUGAAGAGUUUGAACGUCAGCUAGAGGAGGCAAGUAUGAUAGCUGAGCAAGAACGUGAAGAGAAACCAAAACGUCAGAAAAAAAGUGCUAAAGGCAAGAAAGGCAAGAAGAGACUUAAAUUGGGAAAAUCAUUUGGCGGGGAUCCUGAUGCAGAUGGCUAUGAGACUGACCAUCAAGAUUACUGUGAAGUUUGUCAACAAGGAGGGGAGAUAAUUCUGUGUGACACGUGCCCACGUGCAUACCAUCUUGUCUGUUUGGAACCAGAAUUGGAAGAGGCCCCUGAGGGGAAAUGGUCGUGUCCUCAUUGUGAGAGUGAAGGGGCCGACACGAAGGAACCGCCAGAGGUUGAGGAUGAUCAUAAUGAGUUUUGUCGUGUUUGUAAAGAUGGCGGUGAACUUAUGUGUUGUGAUACAUGCCCUUCCUCGUACCAUCCACAUUGUCUUAACCCACCUGUUAAAGGUAUUCCAGAUGGGCACUGGAUUUGUCCUAGGUGUUCGUGCCCUCCUAUGAAGGGUAAGGUAGCUAAGGUAUUAACAUGGAGAUGGACGGAGCCACCAACACCACACAAAAAGAUGGAGGAAAUGGAUCACACCCACGAGCAUCAUCUAGAACCCGAUUCUACACCGGAUCACAGACCUGAGAGGGAAUAUUUUGUACGUUUCCAUGGUUUGUCAAUGUGGCAUUGUGACUGGGUGUCGGAACUCCAGCUGGAUGUUUUCCAAACAGCACUGUUACGUAUGUACAUCAGAAAGAAUGAUAUGGACGAGCCCCCGCCUCUUGAAGACGGCUCAAGUUGGGGCGGUAAGGACAGGAAGAAAAAUGAUAAUGAUGAUAAUUUAGAGGAAAGGUUCUAUAAAUACGGUGUUAGACCGGAAUGGCUUCAAAUACACAGAAUUAUAAAUCACAGAAUUGAACGAGGUGUGAACUAUUAUCUAGUAAAGUGGAGAGAUUUGAAUUAUGACAUGGCUACCUGGGAGCCGGAAGAUAGUAAAGUGCCGGAGUUUAAAACAUAUGUGGAGUUCUAUGAUAAUCUAAGACGUAUAAUGUUUGGAGGUGGUGGCGAGGAGAAGAAAAGUAAGCCAGGUAAAAAAGGAAAGAAACGUAAAGAUGAUGACUCUGUGGAUUCUCCACGUCCCCCUGGCAUGCCUCCACAGUAUCCAAUCUCAGAUUUCAAAAAGCAGCUUGCCACUGACCCCGAUUAUAUCCAGGCAACUGGUGGAACCUUACAUCCGUAUCAACUAGAGGGCUUAAACUGGCUCAGAUAUUCCUGGGCUAACGGUACUGACACAAUUCUUGCUGAUGAGAUGGGACUAGGAAAAACUAUACAGACAAUAUCAUUCCUGUCAUCUUUAUAUAAUGAGGGCCAUUGUAAAGGACCUUUCUUAGUAGGAGCACCUUUGUCUACUAUUAUCAACUGGGAGAGAGAGUUUGAGUUCUGGGCCCCCAACUUGUAUGUAGUGACUUACACUGGUGAUAAAGAUUGUAGGGCAGUGAUCAGGGAACAUGAGUUUUCAUUUGAGGAAGGUGCAAUAAGAGGAGGUACGAAGUCCUGGAAGAUGAAACAAGGUAGUCAAGUGAAGUUUCAUGUCCUCCUAACCUCGUACGAGUUAAUUAGUAUAGAUGCUGCUACCCUAGGAUCUAUAGACUGGGCUGUAUUAGUGGUGGAUGAGGCGCAUAGACUGAAAAAUAACCAGUCCAAGUUUUUCCGUAUCCUUAGUAACUACAGACUGGGUUACAAGUUAUUGUUGACUGGUACACCACUUCAGAAUAAUCUUGAAGAGUUGUUUCAUUUGCUCAACUUUAUGUCUCCAGAUAUCUUUAAUGAUCUACAAACGUUCCAGAAUGAAUUUGCAGAUAUUGCCAAGGACGAUCAAGUUAGAAAGUUACAUGAUAUGUUAGGUCCACAUCUUCUACGUCGACUUAAAGCCGACGUGUUGAAGAAUAUGCCUAGUAAAAGUGAGUUCAUAGUUCGCGUUGAACUCAGUCCAAUGCAAAAGAAAUAUUACAAGUACAUUUUAACGAGGAACUUUAGUGCUUUAAACACAAGGGGAGGUAAUCAAGUGUCACUUCUCAACAUAAUGAUGGAUCUGAAGAAAUGCUGUAAUCAUCCUUACCUCUUCCCAACAGCUCAACAGGAAGCUCCUAGAUUACCUAACAAUGCCUAUGAGGGCACAGCGUUGACAAAGUCAUCUGGUAAAUUGAUGUUGUUAUGUAAAAUGUUACGUAAACUGAAGGAGGAUGGGCACAGAGUACUUAUCUUCUCACAGAUGACAAAGAUGUUGGAUAUACUAGAAGACUUUCUGGAGCAUGAAUCAUACAAAUAUGAACGUAUAGAUGGUGCUAUCACAGGCUCAAUGAGACAGGACGCUAUUGAUAGAUUCAACGCACCAGGAGCGGAGCAGUUUUGUUUCCUACUGUCGACAAGAUCAGGAGGCCUGGGUAUAAAUCUUGCUACAGCAGAUACUGUGAUUAUCUACGAUUCAGACUGGAAUCCCCACAACGAUAUACAGGCAUUUAGCAGAGCUCACAGAAUAGGUCAGGCAAAUCGGGUGUUAAUAUAUCGUUUUGUGACGAGAAAUUCCGUGGAGGAACGUAUAACACAAGUAGCGAAGAAGAAGAUGAUGUUACAGCAUCUAGUUGUACGUCCUGGUGUCGGUAAUAAAACUACCUCUAUGUCAAAACAAGAACUCGAUGAUAUCCUCAAGUUUGGAACGGAGGAAUUAUUCAAGGAAGUGGAAGGUGAAGGGGAAGCUGAGGGUGAGGAGAAGAGGAUUGUGUACGAUGAUGAAGCCAUUGCCCAACUCCUUGAUAGAUCUAAAGAGGCACAAGAGGAGAAAGAAGUAGCUAUGAACGAUUACUUUAGUUCAUUUAAGGUGGCCAGCUACGCUGUCAAAGAAGGGGAGUCUGAUUCCCUGACAUAUGGCUUUUUAAACUUUGCCCCUUGUUCACCAAACAUGACCCCCAAACCCGUAGACAGGGAGGAUAUAAAUGCCUUUAAUAUAUAUGUUUACAUAUAUUUCUAUAUUUUAGGUGAGAAUGAAGAUGAUGAUGAUGACGACUUCAAUGAACAGAAAGAAGGAAUGUCAUCACGUAACAAGAGAAAUGAGAGACGAGAGAGAGAUCGUCCAUUACCUCCAUUACUGGCGAGGGUUAACGGGCAGAUAGAGGUGCUCGGUUUUAAUGCUAGACAGAGGAAGGCAUUUCUUAAUGCUGUUAUGAGAUAUGGAAUGCCACCUCAAGAUGCUUUCAACUCACAGUGGCUAGUAAGAGAUUUAAGAGGAAAAACGGAGAAAGUUUUCCGUGCCUAUGUGUCUCUAUUUAUGCGCCAUCUGUGUGAACCAGGGGCAGAUAAUGCUGAAACAUUUGCCGACGGAGUUCCGAGGGAAGGGCUUUCAAGACAGCAUGUGUUAACAAGAAUCGGCAUAAUGUCUCUAGUCAGGAAAAAGGUUCAAGAAUUUGAAGCCAUCAAUGGUGAAAACAGCAUGCCCUAUACAAAGGCAACAGAAGCUGUUGAUAAACUGAAGAAAGAAAAGGAUUCUGCUGCUUCACCUGCUGUUGAGAAAGGGGCAGGUGACAAAGUAGAACCAAAGACAGAGAAAGAGGCGGAGUCAAAAGAGGAGGAGGGAGAUAAAAAAGUAGAGGAGGAGCCAAAAGAAGAAGAUAAAGGUGAUGGCGAUAAGGAUGAAAAAGCAGAAGAAAAAGUUGAGGAAAAGAAAGAAGAACCAGAAAAGAUGGAAACAGAAUCUACAGAAAAGGAAAAUGAGGAAGUUAAAGAGGAAAGUAAAGAAGAUAAAAAGGAAGAUGAAGAGAAAAAAGAAGAAAAUAAGGAAGAGAAGACUGAAGUCAUGGAAACUGAAACUACUGAGGAAAAAAAAGAUGAGGAAAGUGAAGAUAAAGCUAUGGUAGUCGAUACUGAGGAGAAAAAAGAUGAAGAUCAAAAAGAAGAGCAGACAGAGGUGAAGGAAGAAGUUAAAGAGGAAGUGACAGAAGAGAAAAAGGAAGAACAAGGAGAAAAAGGCAGUGAGGAUGAAGCAAAGAAGGAGAAAGCAGAGGAGCAGAAAGAGGAGACUAAAGAUGAUGAAAAGAAAGAAGAAGAAGGUGAAGUGAAAGAAGUGAAGGAAGAAAAGAGUAAAGAUGAAGAGAAGAAAGAAGAAAAAGGAGAAGUAGAGGAAGUGAAGAAGAAGGAAGAAACCAAUCAGAAGUUUAUGUUUAAUAUAGCUGAUGGUGGUUUUACAGAGCUCCAUACUCUCUGGCAGAAUGAACAGAGGGCGUUAGUUAAGGGUCGUGAACAAGAAGUUUGGCAUCGUCGUCAUGACUACUGGUUAUUAGCUGGUCUAGUCACUCAUGGUUACGGUAGAUGGCAGGAUAUACAGAAUGAUGCACGUUUCCAGAUCAUCAAUGAACCCUUCCUAUCAGAACAAGGCAAAGGAAAUUUCCUUGAGAUCAAGAAUAAAUUCCUAGCUAGACGGUUUAAGUUACUGGAACAAGCUCUAGUCAUUGAGGAACAGCUUAGAAGAGCAGCAUAUUUGAAUCUCACGCAGGAUCCUGCUCACCCAGCCAUGGCGCUGAACACUCGCUUUGCUGAGCUAGAAUGUCUGGCAGAGAGUCACCAACAUUUAUCUAAGGAAUCUUUAGCAGGCAAUAAACCAGCUAAUGCAGUCUUACAUAAAGUAUUAAAUCAGUUAGAAGAAUUACUCAGUGACAUGAAACAAGAUGUAAGUCGGUUACCAGCUACUCUGGCUCGAGUACCGCCAGUAAGUCAAAGACUGCAGAUGUCAGAGCGCAGUAUCCUCGGUCGACUUGUUAACCCAGCGCAGCAGGCAGCAGCAGCAGCGGCUACCCCAACACAGAGUACCUCCACUGGUCAAACUAGCAUUGUUCCUUCAACAUCAGGUCAGAAACCACCAGUACAGGCAUCACCAAGUCCAGCUGCUCAUAGAUCACAGCCCCCCACACCAGUUACAUUUGAACAAGGCGUGUUACCUCCUCCCCCAACAUUCUUUGGUCCGAUCCCCGGCCCUGGCGGAGAGGUGCCAGCCUACUGGACAUCGCCAGAGGUUGCUCGUUCACUCGGGCUUGAGAAAUUUGGCUUGCCAUCUGCAUCCUCGCAUCAAUAGUGAUCAUACAAAGAAAAAGGAAGGAAAACAAGAUGGUGAUUGUAUUGUUGUAGAGUGAAGACAUGGUGUAUAAACAUGGAAACGGCCGCCAGAC